GCAAGUUCACAAUGCAGUCCACAACUUCGAUGCUACACAUCGUAUCGGGUUGCAGCGCGGCACGGCUUUUCGCAGCGCAAUAUUGACGGCGGAAAGGUAGAAGCCGAAAGUAGAAAAAUGUGCGACCAAAGGUACCAAGCACUUUAUUCUCCGCUGUUGAGAUUGAGGAUACAGCCGCCAAUUGUAACAGCUCCGCAAGCAAAUGCAUUAGGUUGGUCGCAGACAAAUAUGACAUAUCCACCCGGCUUGGUACCCCUUAUGGGCCGUGAUCAUCUUUUCAUGAAGCAGAAAACUGAUUUGUUUCAUGUUUCUACUGGAAAGAGAAAUAAGAACAAAUACGUCAUUACGGAUAACAAGGGCAAGUUGGUGUAUUACAUCGCCGAGGAAUCAGAAACAGUUCCGCGAUUGUUCAGGGAACACCGUUGUUGCUGUGAAUUCUACUUGUACGACAAAAAUCAGAAAGACGUUCUUCGUAUGAGUCGACACUUUAGAUCUACCGGUUGUUUUACCUAUGAGCAGGAACUGAAAGUAUAUUCCGGAAAUACUCCAUUGGGCAGCGUUACUAAAGAGUGGACUUAUUUGCAACCUCAGUUCUGUGUUCGCGACGCACUCGGCAAGCCAGUAUUGAUGAUGAAAGGGUCAUUUUUGAAUUGUGAUAACGCAUUCUUUAAGGUCAUGUCUAUGGAUGAGAAGCAUCACGUUGGGGCGAUUCAGAAGAAACCUGGUGGCUUUCGAGAGAUAUUUUCUGAUAUAUUCUGCAUUAACUUUCCACUCGAUCUUGACGCGAAGAUUAAAGCCGUACUGUUGGGGGGGGCUGUUCUGAUAGACUUUACGUAUGUGGAGUCGAGUGAAGACGAGUACUGAAGCGGCUUGUAUCAUUAUUAAAGAUAUAUUUUAUAACGCAUCAAAUGCGUUGCAAAGUUUUUAAUUAUGUAGUACAAUGUUAAUUAAAAUGAGCGACAUGUACACGUAUUCAAGAUAAAAUCAUAUAGUCAUGAAAACUGUAAGAUUAUAACUAUAACUAUAUAUUAGUCAAUUACUCUUUUAAUGACAAAUAAUGCUUAUUAUUUUUAUAUAUAAUUAAACUGUAUUUAAAUAUAUUUUUACUAAGUUUAUAUAUUCGCACAAGCAUAAUCAAACUUUUGCACAGAAUUCGAUCUCGAAAAAAAGCUCUCUUUUAUAAACUUAGUGCAAGUAUGUUACACAGUGCCUAUGUAUAGUUAUAGCAUUAUUCAUUGAUUUGCGAUGCUUUUGUCUUGCUUUUUUUUAAAGUCUUUUGACUAUCAUACAAUAUAACAAUGAACAAUAUUAAUUAUUCUUUUCAUAUAUACACUUAUAUGAAUACACAAAUGAAUGACAAUUGUUACUUCAGACCAGCCUAUAUUUGUUUGCUAUGUGUAAAUUGUAUAAAUAAUUUUGAAAUUUUAUAAACAUAAUCUUUGUAUGGAUAAUUUGUGAUAUAAACAUACAUAUAAACAGCAUUUUUAUACAUGUAAACAGCAUGUAAACAAACAUUUAAAUUGUAUACGGUAACAUACAAUUUUUGCAGCAUUGUAAUCUCAAAUUUGAAAUAUUUUAUUACUUUGGCAAGAAAAGCUCGCGUACUUGUAUAAGCUUAAAAAAAUAUUUAUUCAAUAAAACUGAAUUACGUUUUUUA